AUGGCGGGCCGCAGAACCGGAGGGACCACUCCGGACGGCUCGCAGGCAGGAGACACAAAUAGCAGCGAGCAGAUCGACAGCAUGCGGUCUGAGAUCAGUUCGCUGACACAGCAAAUGGGCCAGCUGGUGCAGCUGGUCGGAGGACUUGCUGCACGUAUAGAGGAGAAGUCCGGCGGUGCCACGGAGGGCGCCGCUGAAAGCGGCGGCGCCGUGGAGAGCGUCGCCACAAGCACUGCAGGUCAUUUUGGGACCGUGCAGUACGACGGGAGCGCGCAGGCAGCGGACCUGCGAAGAGAGUCUGGUCCUUCGGGACGACACAGCGGCGAAGUAGGGGGUUCAGACCCCCAAGAGGUGAGAGUAGCCGCUGCUCACAAUCAAGCUUGUUUCCGCAGCGCCAUGGGAAGUGGUGCUGCUGUCUUCGGUAGUGCGAGCGUGGGAUACCAAAGCGUGAAGUACACAGCGCCCACGUUCAGCGGAGACGCCAAGAGCUUUUCUUCGUGGCUAGAGUAUUUUUUGAUGGCAACGAACACAGCAAACCUUCUUGAGCUUUUCGAGGAGGGGGGGGCGGAGAUCCCCGUAAACAGUGGGCAGAGCAAAGUCCAACUGUCCAGGUUUUACCCGCACGACAAAGUAGAGCUCGCUUUCCACGCGUGGAAUUUCCUCCGUGGAGCUCUCAAGGACGAGAAAGACAGGACAAUAAUGAAGCGAGCUGAGUCGCCCCUGGGGGCGCUCCGUGAGCUGAAGGGGUUGUACGACCCAGAAUCGUCCAUGCAGCCUGCGGAUGAGUUAAAAUCCCUGACAUCCAAGAAGAUCCCGAUGGCAGAGAAUCCGCAACAUGCUCUCAACAGUAUGCUCGCCACCGCAGAGUCCCUUUCGAAACGGGGGCUUGAUGUUAACGAAACCUUCGUUUUGCACCUCUUCUUGGAUGCCCUCUCCAACGAGUACGCUAUGACCAAGCACGCCCUCAGACACAAGGAGAGGUUGACAAGGAGUGACGUCCUGAAGGAGGUCACCAUCGAAUAUCGAUCGAUCAUGGAGAAGGUGAAGGCGGGGAAAGGCAAGGGCGCGCGCGGCGCCGAGCAGGCCUACCUCGCCGAUGGAGGCGGCCGCCGUGGGCGGUCGUCGUGGCGUGGGGGCGGCCGCCGAGGGCGGUCGUCCUGGCGUGGUCGUGGCGGUGGCCGCAGCGGCGGCCGCGGGGGCGGCGACAGCAGCGGAAAAGGCGGUGGCGGCGUCGAGGAGAGCAAGGGGAGUGGCUCUGGUGGGGCAGAUGGCGGCGGUACCGGGGACAAGAAGUUCCCGGGCCGGUGCUUCACGUGUGGCCGUUUCGGACACACGCAGCAGGACUGCACCACCAAGGAGAGCGACUACCUCCCGCAGUGCUCACACUGCGCAGGAUGGGGUCACAGCAAGGACAAGUGCGCGACGGAGGAGGCCGUCCUGGCGCAGAUCGUCCAUGCCGACAGCGACGCCGACUCCGUCGACAACCAGGCCUUCUGCGCGGCGCCGGGCCUGCCAGGCGAGUGUGGUGCUGUUGACCUAGGUCUAGUGGGGGUAACGGAACUAGGCCAGGAUGUCAUGGUGUACGUGGCUGGUACAGCAGCCACGUGCUCCAUGUUCCGAUGCGCAAACGCGUUCGUGAACUACCGCGAGUGUAGUGGUUGGGUCAAGGGGAUCGGAGGCAACAAGGCCCCCGUUCCUCUCCUAGGGUACGGAGACGUGACCGUAGUCUUUCUGACCGAAGGCGGUAGGGUACCAGUGCUAAUCCUGAACGCCGCUCAUGUGCCCGAGUCCCCCCACAACCUUCUCUCACUGUCGGCGUUGGCCGAGGAAGGCCACACGUAUUCCGGCCAGAAGGGGGGGCUGACUCUCACUACGAGAGCCGGGGGGAAGGUGUGGUUCCCCCGGACGGGUAAGCUAGUAACUCAAGAAGGCUAUCAAAUCGAGCCGAAGGUAGACAUCGCCUGUGCCGCAACAAUUGUUCCUGGCGAUGCGAAAGCAGCCACCCCCACUGACCUCAACUACUACCACAAUUCGCACGGCCACACGCACGAGGAACUGCUCCAGAAAACGGCGAAACAGCAAGGAGUGCAGCUGACGGGAGGACCGCUGCUACCAUGCCUCGGCUGUUCGAUGUCCAAGGGGCAGCUGCUGCCUCUCGCAGACGACGAGGAGGGCGGGGAGGACGAGAGCAAGCAGAGCACGUCCCGUCAAGGUGCGGGGGGGGUGAAAGACUCGGAGAGUGAGUCUGAUUCCGACCUCGACGUGACGGAGGCUGGGCGAGCGACGCUGCCGGUGCAAGAGAAGGCGCCGGCGGCACCCGGCAACGGGACCGGGGACGCUGGUUCGGGCGUCCCCCUGUCGCCUCCUUCGGGAGGAGGCGACUUUGAUGGAAGCAGCAGCGGCAGCAGCGGGGCGUCACCCGCGGCGGGAGCUUAGGGUUUUUGACCAAUUGCUUCGGGUGUGUAAUCAGCGUGGCCUGUCCAAUCUGUCCUGCCUUGGUUCUGCCCUGAUAGUGCGGCCGUUGGAAUGCUUUGUGAUAGCGACGGUUUCUUUUAUGUUUUGAGUUUGUAGGCGAGGGUUUUUGAUCCGGAUGGCCGAGUUUUUCCCUUGCACCCGUUGCUGUAUAGGUAACUUCAGUAGAGAAUACAUGCCCCACUGAUGGUUUGUCAAUAGCUUGACGAACCGGGGAGGGUGUUCGUGUGUCUGGAUACGAGCAUGGUAGAUCUGCUAGCAGCACGGGGGGGUACGUAGACAGGAGUAUGCGUAUGCCUGACGAAGGCUACUAUGUGUGGGCCCCCUUCCCCGAAUUCGGGAGGGCCACUUCUUCUCUUCCUUUCCUCGCUCCCGCGGGUGCCUAAUCAGAGAGAGUUAAAGCGUGCCUUCUCCUCCCAAGUACGGACAUACCAACAUUCCUCGACACCGAAAUCACAAAACUCACUUUUUCGCUGGAUUGUCAUAGUCGAGCGAUUGAAGCGCCUCCCACAUCUUGGGCACUCCCGGUGCAGUGCUGCCGUCGUGUGAUUUGGGGUUGCCAGCGCGUACCCUGCCGAGCCUUAAAUGUUUGUUUACGAAGUGGUCGACAAUCUCAUCCCAACCCCACCUGGAUCGUUCACCUCAAUGGCAUGGUUGGCGUCCUUGUUUCGAUUCGUGGGCGCCUGUUCGCUGGUGAGGACCUUCUCGUACAUCUCGUCCGAGAACACGAUGAAGCACAACCUUGCCGCAUCCCCGCUGGAACGGCAUCUCCAAUUGCGCUUUUCCUCCUCGGCAGCAAGCUUCGCCUUCGCUUCCUUCGCCACCUUCUUCGCUUGCGGGGUGCCCUGCGGAGCUUGCUUUCAAUCAGGGUCGACACCUUUGGAUACACACCACGCGUGCUGGGCUAGGAGCGGCUUUACAGCUUCUGGCUUCUUCACGCUCGAAAUCGACGUGUUGGCCUCGUUGACCCCAUCACCGCGCCGAAAGGCUCCCUUGUGGCCCGCUGCCUCCGCGCGCCUCUUCAUCUCCGUUUUGACAUGCCGGGAGCAACCAGUCAGCAUAGUCCGGCUGCUCCUCCCGGGUGGGCUUGGGCGGUAAUGUUGGAGGCGAAGGUAGGAGUUGCACGGACGAUCCUGGCCCUGGCGCGAGGGCUGGCAGCGAUCCCGGCCCUGGCGGGAAGGCUGGCGGCGAUCCCGGCCCU